UUAUUUUUGAUUCAGGAAGUGAUGGCAUGGGAAAUGCUAAAGACAUUGAUCAAUCUCGCAUCUCAGACAUCUAUCAUUUGAAUCAAAAUUUCCGUACUCAUGCUGGUGUUCUCAACUUGUCACAGAGUGUGAUUGAACUUCUGCACAUAUUCUUCCCACACCACAUUGAUAAUUUGAGUCCAGAAACAAGCCUUAUUUAUGGAGCUGCACCAAUUUGGCUUGAAUCUGCAAAUGAUGACAAUGCAAUUAUAACGAUUUUUGGCAAAAGCGGUGAAAAAGCUGGAAGGAGUACGAGUGGAUUUGGUGCAGAACAAGUUAUUUUGGUGCGUGAUGAUUCAGUGAGGAAAGAAAUUGCUGAACAUAUUGAAAAACAAGCGCUUGUUCUUACUAUAGCAGAACGCAAGGGCUUAGAAUUUCAGGAUGUAUUGCUUUACAACUUUUUUGGAACAUCACCAUUAAAGAGUCAAUGGAGAGUUGUUUAUGGGUAUAUGAAGGAACAAAAUCUUCUCGACUCCAAUGAUGUGAAAUUUCCAAAAUUUAGCAAGGCGAAACACCAAAUUCUCUGCUCUGAACUGAAGCAAUUGUAUGUUGCUAUCACUCGUACUAGGCAGAGAUUGUGGAUCUGUGAGAAUAUGGAUGAAUUUUCAAAGCCCAUGUUUGACUACUGGAAGAAGUUAUGUCUCGUUCAAGUGAGAGAACUUGAUGAAUCACUUGUAGAGGCAAUGCAGGUUAUGAGCGGCAAUGAGGAAUGGUGUUCACGCGGUAUCAAGUUACUGGAUCAAGGUAAUUACGAGAUGGCGACAUUGUGCUUUGAAAGAGCUGGUGAUUCAUUCUUGGAGCAACUUGCUAAGGCUGCUGGUCUUAGAGCUUCUGGUGUUCACGUGCUUGGUUCUAAUACUGAACUAGCUUCCGUUGCCCUUGUAGAGGCAGCUGGGAUUUAUGAAUCAAUUGGCAAGGCUGAUUUGGCUGCCAAAUGUUCAUGGAGUUAAAGGAUUUCAAAAGAGCAGGUAUGAUUUAUUUGGAGAACUGUGGGAAAUCUAGGCUAGAAGAUACUGGUGACUGUUUCAGUCUUGCUGGAUGUUGGUCUACUGCAGCUGACGUGUAUUCUAGGUGUAACUGCUUUUCCAAGUGCUUGCUAGUUUGC